GCAUCUGGAGAAGGUCACUUAGGACAUUUUCAAGUCAUCACGUUUGCACCAAUGCAAAUACAUAUCUCAAUGUCUGCUACUCUUCCGUCCAGCCCACCCCGUCCUACAUAGUACUAGCACCGCUGACCCGGUGCUGCCGUCGUCGCAUGGAUGUUCGCCGGGUAGCACUGUUCGCCGGACACCGUCACGCAGAUUUGGUUCCCCCAGGGCGUCUGAACAGCCCAAGAACCAUUCGUCACGUGAUCCUUCUUCUUGCCCGUGUCGAGCGCCGCGGCGAGCGCGACCUUGCAUAUGCUGGCAACCUGGCUCCGCGUGUACUUGUGCGCAAUGCUUGUCGCCUUUCCCUCCGCAUCGCUAUCAAUCCAGAGUGUCUUCGGCUUCAACCCCUUGGAGCGCGGUACGUUGGCGAGACCCGUCGCUGCGUCGAUGUUCAGGUGCUCAGCAGUGCCCUUGUUGUCAUCGUGCGCGAACCAAGUCGACGUGAGAUGCCGGCCGGAGUCUGCCUUGUCGGGGCGGCCAUCCAGGACGUGCGUCUCUAUCCCUGUCCAUUUCGCAUCUGCUCUCGCAGCGACAUACCACUCGCGUGCGGCAUGGAUGGCGAUCGCUUUCUUGCACUGAGUCGUAGAUGUUGCAAGCCUCCCAGCGUGGCCUUCCUUCGCGGUACAGCUUUGCGUGUCAAGGGAGAACCCACAGCGACUCGCGUGGACACAAGAGUCGCAACUCAGGCUUGCGCAGGUUUCGGCACCGUUUCGGGAGGGUGUAAGCGGAACGGCCUGCGCCAAGAAGACAGUGCAAAGGAGAGUGAGGGUAGCGAGGAGAGCAGUAGUAGGACGCAUGGCGGAUGUACAGUACUGGUCGUUACGUUCGUGCGGUAAGCGGAAUUUCUACGCUGGUGAGUGGACGGUAGACAAGAAGGAUGGAUUAGUAGUUGAAUGUACGUUAGAGCAAGGCUGCAUGCGUGAAGGAGGACCGGCCUGGCUUUGAACAGAGCUACGUCUUGCCUUUUAUAUCUGGCAACCGUCAGCCUUGACCAGCGAGCGUUCAACCUAUUGUGCCCGAUCAGCUCUCUAGGUGGGCGGCGGAA